AUGCAUGCAUCUUCAAGAGCUCAGUCGUCUAGGUCGCCUGCGGGGGUAUCAACGAGCAAAAAAGGGUCUGGGAGCGAGAGAGAGUCGAGGACGAGUGCGGAAGUGAUCUGGGGGUUUCACAAUCAUCUUCGAUUUUCAGAUGGUAGGGGGGCAGGGAUGGUGGAAAGGUCGAAGCAACGAGUUCGCAGUGUCAGUCCUCCUCGGAACCUGACUCCUGAGGAGAAAGUUGCGAAGCAGCAUGCCCUUGCGGCGGAGGGGAAGGUGGAGGAGAUCGUACCGGGGAUCGAGAGCUGGCUGAGAAGGACGGGGAAGAUCCUUGGCAAGAAGGAGACGAGGAGAAGGAGGCCUGUAUAUAGCAACAUCGUCGUGACGAUCACAGGAGAGAGUCAGAGACAACAACGGCCCGCCCACGGCUACGCGCCGUCGGAAGCCGGGGCAUCGGAAGAGGCCUGCUCUAGUCUACUUCACUGCAUCAGGAACCUCUCGCGGAAGGUGGAGCAGCUGGGGAGGGAGGGUGUGAUCUCGAUGCACUUCAUCCUAACAAGGCUCAACGUCUCCGAAUGGAAGGAGCUUGCGGAGAUGCCCGUCGUCUGUGUUCUGCAGGACGGGCAAGAGAGGCAGCUGCUGAUUCAGAAAGAGCUUGCAACAAGACUCGCGAUGCUGCAAGCAGCUGUAGAUGAGGUGAAGUCUGUUCAAACUGUGAGGAACGUGUCGCUGUUUGCUGUUGUCGACCUUGCAUUAUGA